UAUUUCCUCGUGGAAAAUGUUACAUGAUACAUCUUUUGCUGUUCUUGGGGAAAAAUUCUACAUAGUGGUCUUAUUUUGGUUUCACACAAAAGAUAAUUGUUGAGAUACCUGUUCUGUUGUAUAUUGACAAUUAUAUGACUCCUAUCUUUUGGAAGGGAAACAAAUUUAUCAUCCACCGCAUAUCAAGAUAAAUUAUUUUAUGAUAUCAACAUUUUGUCAGGGGAUCAUUAUUGGUCAAUGAUCAUUAUUGGUCAAUGCAACUUCUGAACUAGUUUAGAUUUGGGUUUCACCUAAUUAAUUUGUUCUUGCUCACUUCAUUAAGGAAGUUUCAAACACUUGCAUUUAUAAUCAAAGUUUCAGUUGAAAUUACGUUUUAGUAUUAAUUUGUGUGAUUGAAUCAAGUUUCACAAAACCAUUGGAUCACUCUUUUUUGGUUCUUUGAUUAGGAGAGAGAAGAUUCACUUGAAGAGGCUUUAUCUGAUAUGUCGCAUUGGGUGUCUGGUUUUGAAGAGGAAACAUCUGCAACUGGUCACGAGGGCCUGGAUCAGUCAUCUGAGGGAUGGCUAGCUGAUUGCUUCAAUAAUGAUGAGAUGCAUUGCAGCCCUGAUGAUCUAAAUCUGUCUGGGCCAUCCGAUGUUCAAAUUGACAUUUCAGAGUUUUGCAACACCCCACCUGAAUAUGAAGCUUGUGUGGCCCAAGAGCAUCCUACUGGAACUCGUAAAAAUGCUGUUUUCAAAGGUAGGAAGUCAUACAUGCGAACUCCAACAAAGUUGGCUUCAUCCGUUGCCUAUCCAUUUGCCUUUAUUAAACCAUGUGGUGUCCGUGGAGAUGUAACUUUAAAGGACAUCAACCAGCGCAUACUCACUCCACCACCCUCAAAAUCGAAACAAGGUAAUGAAGAUCCUUCUGCCUCUUAUCCCACUUCAGCUAUUUCUGGGAAGCCUGUUGUUGGCAAAACUAAAAUUCGCACCGAGGGGGGAAAAGGCAGCAUCACAAUCAUGAUAACCAAAGGCUGAAUAGAUAUGUGUUCUCCAAAAUUUUAUUUUUGGUGGCAUUGCUCCAUUCUAUUUCAAGGUCAAGUUUCUUUUGUAUCUUCUCAGGCAGCUAGUAUAAAGUUAAUACUUCAUUCUUAGGUUGGUGUUAAAUCUUGGAAUUCAUAAAUUAGGUGAAGUGUUUAUGUUUCCAAGUGGUUUUGUAGGCGACAAAUACCUGUUGUUUAUAGCUGGUGGGACUGACUCAAGUGAAAUGAGGAUCUUGAUGUCUAAGAGAUCCUCUUAGCUGCUUCUUGUCAUUCGAAAAACUUUGUCAAUGAUUUCACCUAGUUCCUUUUAAUGUGAAGAGCCUGUGUUUACUUUGUAUCUUGUGUUGCUUGAGAGAUUGCUGAGAUUGCUGUUAUUGCAAAUGUAUCUAUAGAUACAAUUUUUCUGUUGAUUUUGUGUGACAAGAUCAAUUAGGUAAAUGAACAUUGUAGGUGCUAAUGAAACUUGUAAAUUCAAAUAUGUAGAUAUCAGUAUGAUUUGAUCCA